CAAUCGGCAGCGAAGAAAGCAGGGCCCGCCCCCGUCCGCGGUUUCCUGGCGCCCGAGGUCCGUUGCCUCCGCGACGCUCCAGGGCGGCCAGCGGGAGACCACGUAUCAAGUGCUGGAGUUCUAUUCGAGGAGGUGGCGGUUGGAUGUGCAGGCCACCCCGCCGGAAGUUAAUGCGGCCUGGCCCGCCCCCAUCCCGCGGCCCACGCUGGUCCACGGCGUCGGAGCGCGCUCCGUGAUCCGGCCGCGACGUCCCCAUCCCUUGGGUCUGGCCCUCCGCCCUCCCCAGCAGGGCCGCCUUAGCCCUGGGCGAGCCGCCUCGAGAAGACCUGGGCACAGCCGUCUACAAAAAGCGAACGAUGGAGCAGUUGGGAUUACGAUUUGGGAUGUGGUACUGGAAAGAUGAAACCAGAACUCUUGAAUUCAGAAGUUUUACACCUGCAGUCGAAUUCAAGGAAAGAGGAAGGAGAGGCAAAGCAGUUCACUUUGCUGAAACUGAUUGUCCAGCUUCAGACAGGUUGACAGAUAAAAGGUUUGCUUUCAGAGAUGAUAAGUCACCAAAAGGCUUAGAGAGACAAAGUCAGCAGGGCAACGUCACACUCCACGAUGCUAAAUUUGUUGCUUUGCUUUUGCUACAAGAUACUGAGAUGCAGCGUAUCUGUUCCUUUACAACAUUUAUGAGGAAUAAGUAUCUUGACAAUUUCCUUAUGGCGUUGUUGUACUAUUUAUAUUAUUUCUUGGAAAAAAUCUCAUUUGAGAAGGAACCCAAAAGCUAUAUGGUGGGCCUUGUAGAGAAAAAAGAGAUGGAACUUGUUAUCAGUAAGUUAGAAGAAGCACAGAAAUACUUGGCGCAGAAGUACUGUGUCCUCAUCCUGGGCUUGGGAAUGCCUGAUAAGCAUCACAUGUGCUGUGGAAAGGAGAAAAUAUCAGAUACACAGAAAGACUGGAAAUUCUUUGAGUCCUUUUAUACCUUCUGUACAUACGUAGCCUGGAUUGUCUUCCGACGUCAGCACUUCACAGAGAUCGAGGAAGAAAUAGGGAGGCUCUUUCGUUCCAGCAUGUUCAACAUUCCUCGAAGGAAACGUGAGGAUGAAGAAUCCGGAGGGGAGAAGAAACGCAUGACUUUUGUACAGUUCAGGAGAAUGAUGGCAAGACGCCCAGCGAUUAAAAAAGCCAUCAACAUGCGCUCUCCAGUUGUGUCCACUCUGCUGCCCUCUCUCAGAGAGAAAGCUCAGAAUGUCUCUGAGAAAAAGUACCGUCACGUAGGCAUCAAAUUCCCAGCUAAGACGCAAGAGCACAAGGAAAACCUGGACUCUAUGUACAUGCCAGUAGUUGGCAUCUUGGGGGAGCCUCGGUGUCAGUUCAACCCCCAUACACUGAUCCCCCUCAAUCCAGAAGAAAACAUGAAGUCGGCUGGGAGACCUUCUUCCCUGUUAGAAAGAAAUAACAUGCGGAUUCAGGAUACACUGGAUUUAGUCAUGAGAAAACUGUCUUCUUAAACCACAUCCCCUAAAUAAUCUGGUACAUUCCAUUUCUAUAAUUAAGCUCCUGUAUUUGAAGUAAACUACUUUGACUUAAUCACUUUGUAUAGGACUAGUGUUUAUUAUUAAACUUUAAAAAUUGUUCAAGUUAUUUUGUCACAAGUUCAGCAACAGACGAUUAAAGAAUUCCAGAAAG